AUGACUUACAUGUCUCGUAACUUGAAGAAUGCGAGGGAUUCCGGAAACUUUCCUCGUCAAGUACCCCCGCCGAAUGCAAACUUCUUAGGUAUCCCGGAAUCACGCCAGCAGCGGAGUCGAGAGCAUCCAGGCCGACAUCAUCGUCAACAUAAUCAUACACAAGCCCGAGAACCCGGACGUUCUCGGGGUCAGAAUGGUAAUCAACCUGGCGAACAGGUAAGGCCCCGGCCGAGGAGGAAUUCAGCGAGUGAAUCUCGAGCGGAAAGGGGAAGGUCAGCGCCGCCACUAUUUAAUGAUAGCCCGUGGGAUGUUCCUCAUGUAUCUGCGUCUUUAUUCCCACAACGUUCACAGACGGAUGGAGAACAAUCUUGGAAAGCAUUGCCUGCGGAACCGAGCCAGUAUCGACUUGGUGAAGAAGGGCUACCAUGGUCUGCGUAUGCAUGGCCAGGAGAUGUUCAGGACGAUGACGACGGCGAGGAAUUACCUUUUGAAAAUCACCCAACCACCAUCCCCCUUGAUACGGAGCCAUCUCGCGGCGAGGACCCCGAAAGAGUUAGGGAACUUGAGUCGUUGUCUACGGCUAUGAUGACAGUGGACAACGGGUUUGAGCAUCAAUGGUGGUAUCAAGGUCCUCGGGAGUCUAUGGAACGUUGGUGGACGCAACGAGCCGCAGAGGAAGCGGACGACGCACGGUCAGCCGCCCAGUGCCGAAGCAGUACUAUUCUCUGA